GCCUUCACUGUGCAUAAGGGUCGCUUUUGACAUCCGUCCAAUUAAAAUGGCGCCAAUAAAGAAGCGUACAACAGCGCGAGCAAAGUCGGCGCGCGCGGCUCGUCCAGUGCCAGCUGCACUCCCCAAGCCGGACGAUCUUGAAAGCGAGUUCGCUUCUUCAAAGAGGGACAAGCAAAAGGUCAAACACUCUUCGUUCGUCAGCAAGAUCGAGAAAUCGGCAGCCAAAACACAGAAGCGGCGGCGACCAAACAAGAAGCUCGUAGCAAACCUCGAAUCACUCGCCGAUGCGUUGCCAGGGCUUGGGGAGGAAGGAGCAGAUGGCGAAAUAGAGGUUGGGCAGGCAAAGAUUCAGCGUAAAAGUCUGAAGUCAAGACCAGGGGCAACAAAACGAAAGGAGAAACUGGUCAAGACAGAGAUGGAGCGUUUCAACAAGAACCUUGCGCAGCUGUCAGGAAGCAAUGCAUCGGCUGGAGUGCAAGACAGGUGGGCGGCCCUGAAGAGCCAUGUGCAAAAUACUAUGGAAGUCAAGCCUGAGUUCGCUCAACAGAAGUGA